GUUGGAGUGAGAACACUGUGGUUCACUCUCUAGGAACAGGUCUUCCUCCCAGAGACCACUUCAGAUUGUACGAUCGGUUAGAAUUCGUAUUUUGACGCGAGUUCUCGCGAGAGUGUGACCGAGAAGCGAGUGAUGCACUUCCAUUAGUGCUUUACUAUCGUGAGUUACAAGUGCGAGAGAAUGAAAGUGCUGAGGCUUUCUGUGAGUUAGCAGCACACUUAUGAUCUAUAGUGCUAAGUCUUUGGAGUGUGGGAACUUCGGAAAGGGCAGUUAUUGUGGUGUGUUAGAAGACAGAGAAUUGUUCAUAGUUAUCACACAUAUAGAUUGAUCUUCAUUACCAAUAUUUUAUCGUAGUGGUUUUCAAUUUGAUCUUUAUUACGAAUAUUUUAUCGUAACUGAGAAGUGUAAUAGUCGUGGUUUUCAAUUUUUUAAGCUUUUUAUUGCUUUUUUUUAUGAGGCCUUUGCAGACAAAUAGAUUCUGUGUUAUUGGGCCAACGGAAUUUCUAAUACGAUCUUUUUGUUGAAAGCGUAAGUUCAGAUCAUACUGGUAUGCAAGUGUGCACUUAGGAAUACGAGAACGUAGAAAAUGUAAGUGGUUAGGAAAGUAAAUGGUUAAGGGAAGUGCACAGGAAAGUAGUUUAAUCCCAUUCAAGUUAAAAAAAAAAGAUGCUAAGGGAUUCUUAAGUGUGUAGAGAUACUAGUUGAUCUAUUCAUGUGUACUGAAAAACCUGGAGGAUGGCUUACUGAGUAUAGAAAAAUACAAUACGAUUAUGCUGAGUGUUAAAAAAAAGUACUCGAAGGUUGAUUUAGUAAAAUACUCGUGGACCUAUUCGUAUGUGCUAAAAAUAUUAUAGAUCCAUUUAUGUUCAUAGAAAAAUAAUAGACGACCCACUUGAGUGUAGGACCUAUAUAAGAACAUAGACACAUACCUGAGGGUCCAUUGCAAAACGGUGCCUGUUCCACUGUAAAAUGGAUGCCUUUACUCCCAAACCUUCUUCAGGGGGGAUGCGAGCUUCUCGCUCCCUCGACUUCCAGAAGAUACGGAACUCCUUCAGGAGGAAGCCCAAAGCAAAAGACUUCAACGGAGCGAAACCAUCGGAAUCGAGUCGGGACUUGGCCUUGUCGGCCGACAGAGGCAGUACCCCGCCGCCGAUAACCGAAACCGCCGUUAGAUCGAGCAGCUGGACGGAUCUCAGCACUGUCGAGAAGGUGUCUCAUUUUCCCUCGGGCGUGGCAGUCUCAGAUUCGAAAGAAAGUCUCAGAGGUCGAAUUUUCGGCAAGAUGAAAAUCUUCCAUAGCAGUAAAGACGAAUUGGAUGGGAAGGGGUCAUCCGGCGGCAAGGCCGGGUCAUCGGACAAGGACCAAGAUGGCAGCUGUAAUAAUAAGGGGAGCUUCAUCAUCAGGAUGAAGGGAAGGCAAAACAGUAAGGAAUCCUCGAGCUUGAAGUCGCUCGACUCGGGCACUGACCCCUCGACCUGGAAAGGUGUUCGCCUUCUCAAUAAAUUCUACAGUCAAGAACAAAGUCUGGAUAGCUUAGAAGCGGGGGCGGCUUCUCGUGAUGAAUUGUUUAAGAAUAGCGCUAACGCCGAAGAGUCUUACUGGAAAGGUGUCAGUUAUUUGGAGAAGGCUCAGCAUUUAGUAACCAAUGAUAACGCUGUAGACGAGGUGGCAGAGAAAGGCAAAUGCGAUGGCGGUGGAAUAGGUAACAGUAAAACCGAAAAUCAGACAGACACAAACGAAGAUGCCCAUAAGGACUUGGGGCACGACGACGACGUCAAUGACGAAUCGGAUGUCAUAACUGCCGAGGCCAAAGACCAGGACAAUUGGCUCCAUCACGAGAAACCGCCACCACUUGCGAAGUCAGCGACUGAGAAAGAUCCCAACAGCAAGGCUGCCUCGGCGCCUCGGGACAACUGGAGGGUUCGGGCGUCGGCCGCCUCCUUGAACGGCUCCCUCCGGUCCCUUUCGACCAUCCCGAUGUCCCCUCCCCCGAGGUCUUCCCACGUCGUGAGAAAUUCCAGGUACGCCCACCAGAAGCGGGGCAAAGUGGCCCGGCAGUCGUUCCAGGUGUAUCCGAAGAGUUUCAGUCAGAUGAAACAAAAGCUCGGGAGAAAAUUUUCCCGAAAAGGAAAGAAGUCCCGGUACGACGAUGGCGUGCCUCCUCCCGUCAGUGCCUCCCAGAUGAGGGACAUGACGACCUUAGACGGGGUACCACGGUCGACACUCAACCACGACGCUAAGAGGACAGAGAACCAAGAAGAAGUAGACGUUCCCGAAAAGACCACAGAGAACCAAGAGGAGGUAGAUGGUCCUGAAAAGACCACAGAGAACCAAGAGGAAGUAGAUGGUCCUGAAGAGACCACUGAGAACCAAGUGGAAGUAGAUGUUCCUGUAAAGACCAAUGGCGGCGAAGAUGAGUGGGAAACUGAGGACAUCACCCUCGAGAGGGGUAACCAAGGCCUCGGUUUCAGCAUCGCCGGAGGCACAGACAACCCUCACAUUGGGAGUCAUUUAUGGUCCGACACGUCGAUUUACAUCACAAAAUUGAUCCCCGGGGGAGCGGCAGCCACCGACGGCCGUUUACAGAUCAUUGAUGUCAUUGUGUCUGUAAAUGAUGUCAGCGUUGUCAACGUCCCGCAUGCAACGGCUGUCGAGGCGCUCAAACGAGCGGGCAACACUGUGCAUUUGAGAGUGAAACGACGGAAGCGUCCUCCUAAUGUCCAGUUAAUUGAAGUGGAGCUCAUUAAAGGGAACAAAGGCCUUGGCUUCAGUAUUGCAGGAGGAAUUGGCAAUCAACAUAUACCAGGGGACAAUGGUAUAUACAUCACUAAAAUCAUGGAAGGAGGUGCAGCUCAUGUGGAUGGUCGUGUUUGUGUAGGAGACAAAUUAGUUGCUGUUAGAGAUACUCCGUCAGGGGAUGUCAACCUUGAAAAUGUUACCCACGAAGAGGCGGUUGCAUGCCUUAAGUCCACCAAUGAUCGAGUUGUCCUUGUCCUUGGUAAGGUGGUUGCCCCGCAGACUAAUGCCUCAGAUCUGGCACCCCCUCCCCUCCACUCUACCCAGACCCAUCACCAGGAUCAUAUGCCUGCAACUCCUUCCGUCUUUUUUGCUGAGGUACACAAAGGCACAACGCCACCACUUGCACCUUCUGAUAAUGUGGUCCAUAAUGAUUUGCUACGGGAAGGUCAAUCAACGCCGGACGAUCACGUGUCAAGAGAGCCUCGGAGAGUUUCCCUGACCAAAGGUACGACGGGUUUGGGCUUCAAUAUUGUUGGUGGCGAAGAUGGAGAAGGGAUCUUUAUCUCCUUUAUCUUAGCUGGUGGACCUGCAGAUCUUUCAGGGGAGCUCAGACGCGGAGACCAAAUCCUCAACGUUAAUGGUACAGAUCUUCGGACUGCUACUCAUGAACAAGCUGCGCAGACCCUUAAGGGAUGUGGGCAGACAGUGAAUUUAACGGUGCAAUAUAAACCUGAUGAGUACAACCGCUUUGAGGCUAAAAUUCAUGAUCUCAAGCAACAGAUGAUGUCUGGCACUCUAAGAACAACGCAGAAACGUAGUCUCUAUGUCAGAGCACUGUUUGAUUAUGACCCCAACCGUGAUGAUGGUUUGCCUUCCCGUGGUCUUGCCUUCAAUUAUGGAGAAAUUCUUCACGUAACCAAUGCAUCAGAUGACCAGUGGUGGCAGGCUAGACGGGUGCUUCCAACUGGAGAAGAAGAAGGCACAACGGGAAUCAUUCCUUCUAAAGCACGCUGGGAGAAAAAACAGAAGGCCAGACUUCGGUCUGUAGCUUUCCAGGGCAAGAACAACAAUGAUGCAAGGCAAUCUACUCUUGAAAGGAAGAAGAAAACCUUAUCCUUUAGUAGAAAGUUCCCGUUCCUCAAUAAAAGCAAGGAUGAUAAAUCAGAAGAUGGUUCGGAUAAUGAACUCGAUGAGGACUUUGAAGCCUCCAUAGCCACAAAUGACGGAGAGAGCGAUAGCCGAAGCAUGCAGUACUUGACCUUUAGCAACAUUUUGGGCGGAGAUGAUUACAUCAUUUUGAGUUACGAAGCUGUGCAACAAAUUGAGAUCUCUUACACAAGGCCAGUGGUGCUCCUUGGCCCACUUAAAGAUAGAAUCAAUGAUGACCUCAUAUCAGAAUUUCCUGAUAAAUUUGGCAGUUGUGUUCCUCAUACUACCAGACCACGGCGAGAAUAUGAGGUUGAUGGUAGGGAUUAUCAUUUUGUUGCAUCCAGAGAACAAAUGGAGAGAGAUAUCCAAAAUCAUUUGUUUAUUGAAGCUGGGCAGUAUAAUGACAACCUGUAUGGAACAUCUGUUGCAUCAGUUAAAGAAGUAGCUGAAAAGGGCAAGCAUUGUAUCUUAGAUGUGAGUGGCAAUGCAAUAAAAAGACUACAAGUUGCACAGCUAUAUCCUGUUGCAAUAUUUAUCAAACCAAAGUCUGCUGAGCAAAUCAUGGAAUGGAACAAGAGGAUGACGGAAGAACAAGCUCGCAAGACAUUUGAGCGUGCUCUAAAAGUGGAAGGUGAUUUUGGGGAGUGUUUCACUGCUAUUGUAGCAGGUGACACCCCAGAAGAGGUGUAUGCUAGAGUAAAGGAUCUGAUUCAUCAACAUGCUGGCCCAAAAAUUUGGGUUAUGUGUAAAGAAAAGCUAUAAGAUUGGGAGUACCCCUUAUGGGACUAUUUGCACAUUGAGUCUCCUGUUGCGUUACGAUUUUGAAAUUUGUUAAAUAUUUAUGUCUUGUGUAUGGACUACUACUGAUGCAGAGUACUUGCCAGUACAUCUAAAUGACUUGGAUAGUUUCCAGGUUUAUCAUAUCUACCAUAGUUAAAUAGACGACAAGUAUAGCUUCAAUAUGGCUGGGAAUAUUCUCAUGUUUAGAAUGGAAGUUUCAUCCCAGUUGCCUAUUUAAACUCAGUGAACUUGUUUAAUUUUGGAGAUUGAGAUAUUGCAUCUCAUAGGUUGAAAAUGCUGAAAAAUUUUUGAAUAUAUUCUAUUGUAACAAUUUUAAUGCCUUUAAUGCAGCAAAUGAGGUUAUGAUUGACUUAAGAUUGCUGACUGUUCUAUUCAGCUGCCAUUCCUGGACUACCUAACCUCAUUGCUCAUCCAUAGUUUAUUGAGAGUUAUAUUAUAAAGUUCAUCUGACUCAGGAGUGAUAUCAUCAGAUAAGCGCAUUCAGUUCUAUUGACCUGAAUUUAUAGGUACAAGGGUCUAUAUAUUUGAAAUAUAUGUAAAUAUAUUAGAUUUGCAAUGCAUGGGUGUAUGUUAAUAGUCAGUGUAAUGUUUAUUGCUGUUUUAUAGAUUUUUUAAGGUUAAUUUGCUGUCACUAUUUAAAGAAGAUUGCGUUUUUGAUUCUGAAAGUUAAAAAAAUUAUUCAGUAAAAUUAUUUCUUACAACUAUACACAUAAAGGAGAAUCAAUUAUGUCAGGUUGUUGAGGACAUUUAAGUAACUUGUAGUCAUCAUCAUAAAAAGCUUUGUUGUAAAUUUUGUAUUUGUGACUUAGCAUUGCAUCUCUAAUAUGGUUAAAUGGGGGUCAGUUGAUGCUGAACAUUUUUAUAUUCUUAAUGCAAUGACAAAUUGACAAUAUUCUUAGAUUGAUAAUGACCACAAGUAGUUGAUGUAAUCUUGAUUUGUUAUUUACAUGAAUUUAGUUACCAGCCUUGCCUCAAGAUAAUGAUAGUGGAUGGGUUAUUUCAAGUUAAGAUAUGAAGGUUGCAUAUGAAGAUAAGUUUUGAUGGUGCAUUAACUGUGACUUAAUUCCUGGACUCUGCAGCAAGUGUCCUCCUUUAUUCUUGCUUGAAAGCUGAACCUCCUAAGCUAAUGCAGAGCCCAGUAAAGAAACCAAAGCCGUAUAUAAAGUGACAAAUCUAGCUGUUUUUUAAUUAAACAGCUCAAGCCAAGAAGGUUCUGUUCCCUCGGUUACCAUUGAGGGGAAGAUGGGCCUUAAAAGAGAUAACUAAUGUUAGGCUGAAAAUAGCUGAGCUGUAAUCUCAUACCUUGUUUAGAAAUAGUGCUUUAGGUUGUCUUGAAAUAUUAUGAAGGCUCCUGCUCUUUUACCAUGGUUGAUUGGUAAGUAAUAAAAAGAAGGGAAAUCUCUGUGGCAAUAGAAGAGCUUUUGGGCCUAAGUAUUAUUUUAUAGACAUGUACUUAGUCUUUAUCUCUACAGUCCUUCCCUGGUUGUUUAUUCAAGAAUCACCAAGUGAUUUGCUUGGAGGCUUAACCAGUGUCAAGGGUUCUCAAUAGGGUUCUGUGCACGGCGAAUGACGUGCAUUAGAAUGAGCUUUAUUGAGAACUUUUUAAACUGGCCAACAACCAUUAACUAUUGUACCACUAAAUGAUGUAUGUGUUCAUGAAUUUAUUUCUGUUAAAGUGAGGAAUGUCUGGUCAUUUUUUGUUAAGAGAUGUUUAUCGUAUUAUAGUGCAGUAUGGACAAACGUUGAUAGGUUUUUAAGGUUACAUCCUUGUUGAAUGAUGACCGUCUGAAUAUGCCAGGAUGAAGUGCAGAGGUUUUUUGAGGGAGGUGUAGAAUUUCUUUGUGAUCACAGCAGUGAAAUGGAACUACUGCAGCCAGUGAGAUCAAAAAGUCCUUUUCACAAAUAGAACAUUUUCUACAUGCUUGUAUGGUUGUACCCUGGUAUGUGAUUUCCUCUUUUAAAUUUUCCUCAAGUUAUUUCUUGUACCAGAAAUAAUUAUUUUUAUUUAGGAAAUUGUCUUGAGUAUUAUGCUUCCAAAUCUUAUUUGUGUCAAACUUCAUGAAAGUUUUUAUAAUGCUCAUGCUUCACAUCAUGUACGUUUGUACAUAAUCCCCAGUAACUGAAAGGCAUCACACUACUCUGGGAGAAUUGUGGUUAUCUUUUAUGUAAAAAUGACAAAACAGUAAUUGCACUGUGCAGCAAGAAGACUGGGCAUUAUAGCUAACCCAUUUUGUUGGCACUGAGAAUUUCUCCUUGAUUGCUGUCUUGAUUUUCGACAGAGUGUAACGUGCUGAAUCCUAGAAAGAACGGUUAUCAUGUUGUUACAAGUGAAUUUUAAACACAUUGUUAAAUAUUUUUGUCAAUGACCUAUUUAUCUGAUUCCCUCUGAGCUGAAAUAAACACUUGUUUUAGUCAUGGUGCCAUGGUUUUUCUCUCUUUGAUUUUUCUUUUUUUACUGUAGAUGUUCAUUGUGUGUGUGAUAAGUUGAUGUAAAUAUGUAGGUUACCGUAUGAAGAUGUCGUGGGAGCUUGAGGUACUAGGUUUUUUGAAUGUUAAUAUACAUUUUUCAAAGCACCAGAUGUGCAUGUGUACAGUUAUUAAUUUAUUUUAUGUUAUUUUGCUUCAUAAGCUAGAAAUUACACAACUAUUUUGUAUAGGAUACAUCUAGUGACAUUAUUUAUGAUACAUUUUAUAAGAGUACCUUUUUUUAUUUUAUAUACAUGUAUAUAUUUGUAUGUGUAUGAUGAUAUAUAUACAUAUAUAUAUGUAUAUUUUAUAGCAACAUAUGUAUAGGUAGGUAGGUAGAAAGAUAGGUAGAGGGAAGGCUACAAUCCUUAUGUGCCUUCUAGUUAUAUGGUAUGUCAAGGACCUUUUUUAAGUUUAUAACAAAAGCUCUGUUAAGCAGCUUUAACAUUUUAAAGUUGAUGUCUCAGGCAAUUGAUUAAUUUAAAUAAUGGGGAUAUUUGAUGGCGUUUGAACACACUUGAACAUUUCUUACUUGAUAUUAUGUGGUUUUGAAAAAUUCUCAUUAGUAUUAUUUUUACAUUUGCUUAGAUUCCUAAUUUAAUUUAUUUUAGUGUCAUGAAUGCAGCUGUUUUUCUGUGUAGGGGUAUGAUGGUGAGCAGUAACUGUUUCAUUAGUCAAAUUUAAAGUUGAUGAAAUUAGGGAGGUCAGAAUAAAUUAUAGAUCUUUACUCCCCGUUGAAAUUAAACCUUGUGAAGAUUUAACACUCCACAUAUAUUAUUGAGAGGAAUUCUAGGUUACUUAGUGUAUAUAACCAAGAAUGUGUAUUGCCAGUGUAUAUGACUACUCAUAAGACAGUGGCUCCUGUCCCCAUUUCAGUGUAAAUACAGCUUUAAAAUGUUUUUCAUCUCUGAGGUUGGGGUAAACCCUUAAACACUGGGAUAUGUGCUCGGUGCUUUACCAUCUAGCUAUAAGAGAUCAGGGAGUAAUAAGUUGACUACAUUUUUAUCAUCCCCAAGGCAGAAUGCUACUUUAGAAAUAAAAUGUAACAGUUUUGUGUAAAUAUAACAAAUGUAUUGCUGUGUAUGGAUUGUGAAAGUCAAGGAAACUAUUAUAAAUUUGCACAGAAAACAUGUUUAACAACAAUCUUCUGAAUCUGGAAUUGUGCAUUAAGGUUUCCUUCAUGGCAGAUUGAACUUCAACUAAUGUAGAUUUUAUGAUGUUCAAUAAUAAUGGAUUUCUGUCCAUGUACAGUACUGUGCUUGCUUGGAUAUCUCACAACAUACCUUUAGUGUUGAGUACAUUUGUUUCAUAAGCAUGGACUGCUUCAUGACUAGCAUAAGAGCAUUACUUGGAACUCUUAUCCACUGAGUGUGAUGUAAAAUUCAAUCUCGUUUUCACCUCCAGGAGGCAUAAUUUUGGAACAUUAGACUUGAAACAGCACAUUUUGAUUUAAGAGCCCUACAGAGGAAGAGAAAAUUUUAAUGUUAGAUUGACAUUGAGUUGUGGGUUGGUUGCUAUUACAAGUUUUCAUCGUGAGUGUUAUGGAAUUCUAUGCCUUUUUCAUUACAAAAGGGAUGGGCAAAACUACUUGGCAUUUCCAUGUAACCAUAUUUAGUGUUAUAGCAGGAUGUAGAAGCCAUGUUUCACCAUGGUGUUAUCCAACCUUGAUCAGACAAUAACCAGGCAGAGUUUGAGGCUUGAGCAAGAUUAUGUUGAUUAUGUGUAUAAGGCCAUGGUAGAUCGUUUAGCUUAUGAUUAAAAAUAUCAACACUGCAGUGAUAAGAAAUAUAAAUGUAAAUUUUAUUAGCUUUAGCUGUUAAGGAUAAGUAUAUUUGCUCAACUCCUAAUCUGCCACUGGUGUCAGUGAUAAUUCCGAUUAUUUUUUAUUAAACUUCCUCUAGUUCUCUAUGGCGCCAUGGCUAUAACUCACUCACUCUGUCUCUCCAGCAUCACAACAUCCCUGUUUUUUGCAGCUUCAGUGGCUUGCCAAGUGCAUCCUCUGAGAACCUUUCCCCACUUCCUGCUCCAUUCCCCCGUAUUGUAAAUACAACAUUAUCUCAAAGAGUA